AAACAUGAAAAAAAAGAAUGUCAGAAAUAUAAUGUCUUGGAAGCUGAAGCUGUUUUGAAUUCCUAUUUUUCAAUAUUUUAUUUAUGUAAUUUGUGCUAAUAUUGUGCUUGUGCUUUUUCUAUUUAAGAUGUCUUUCACAGAGUUGUUUGACGUAAAUCAAUGUAGUUUAUCCAUUUUGGCAUGUAUUUUUCUAACAUUUUCAUAUGUUGCUAGUUUAUAUGUGUGGAGGUCUACGUUGAGCAGAGAUCAUCCGUCUACUAUUAAGAGAAGGUUUUUCAGUGUGUCUGUUAUGAUGUUAUUGGCACCAUUUUUCGUACAAUGUUUUUUCACUGGGGAAACCUUGAGUAAAGGAAAUUUGUAUGAACAGUUGGGACUGCGUUGGUCUGGGGUUGUUCCAGCUAUUUUUGCGCCUCUGUUUUUGACUGCUAUUCUAUUUUUGGGACCAUUGACUAUGCAGUUUCUGUCUGGAAUAUGGAAACUGUACGCAGAACCCAUAUACUGGUUAUCCAGUUGGCAAGAUUUGGUGUGGGUGCGGAACCAUUUCAUGGCCCCGUUGAGUGAGGAGUGGGUGUUCAGAGCUUGUAUGAUACCUCUCCUGUUGCAAUGCUUAGAACCCAUGACUGCAGUAUUUGUAGGACCAUUACUUUUUGGUGUUGCUCAUUUCCAUCACAUGUUUGAACAGAUGAAAGCUGGGUUUGAAUUCAAAACAGCUUUAAUGAUAUCAACAUUCCAGUUUACAUACACUACUUUAUUUGGUGCUUAUUCAGCAUAUUUAUUUGUAAGGACAGGACACUUCGUCGCUCCGCUAGUUGCUCACAUGUUCUGCAAUCACAUGGGCUUCCCGAACUUCGCUGAAAUAACUGAGUUCGCGCCCCUCCAACGGGUAUUAAUUGUAUUUAACUUCUUACUAGGAUUCGGACUCUGGUGUCUUCUGCUCACUCCACUAACUAAUCCUGAUAUAUACGAUAACAGAUUACAUUGGGAAACCUGAAUCACUCGUUAAAAUACCAAUAGUAAACAGCUUGGAGAUCUGCUACAUAAAUAAAUACUAUAACACAUACAAAAUAAGGUCCACAAUGGCCCAAAUUUGUGUAUGUUGUGUGUAUUAGUGGCUGAUUCUAUAAUUAAACGCCUAAAAGACUUAACCCACAGUGUAAUUUAUGAGAGUUGGAUUUCGCUUUUCACAAAUUGCAUUUCAUUAUACAAGUUUUUUGUGUAGUUUGAGAGUUUGAGAGUAGUUUUGACAUUAAUUAAUGACCCAUCAUUAACAGUUCACGGCUAGUUUGUAGGUUCACUUUGACAGUAGUUACUUUAUUCCAUGUAGUCACUAAAUAUAUCUCAUUAAUUUAAUGAAUGAAUAAAUACUUUUAUGCUAUGACUGUACUUCUAAAGGUAAGUUACACCAAGUUGCUCAUAUAGAAAUGUGGAUUUCAUUCAUUUGCCCUAGUGGUGUAUUUAUCUGUAGAACAGUAUUACCAGUGUAAAAUAUUAUUGUUAUUAAAUAGUAACACUGCAGUAUUGCUCAUCACUGUAUACAUAAGUUUUCCUCAGAAUUCUAAUCAAAGGGUCUACUUUCUCUUAAAGUAAGACUGUUGCCAUUGUAGAAGUGAGAUGGCGCAAUAUAUAGCGUAUAGUGGUGUCUUUCUUCCACAGUACCAACAUUUUAAUUUUUUGAGGUCUGGGUAGACCCUCAGUAGACUUAUAAAAAAUAGUUAGAUAUCCUAAUUCUACUAAUCUUAUGACGGAGAUAAUAAUGAAUGAUAAUUAUAAUUGUAAUGCUUUACUGUUAUGCGUUUGUGUCUACACUUUCUUUGAAUUGUCAAAAGUUUAUGAUCAAAAGGUCUUUGUUCGUGUGUAUACCUUAUAUUUGUCGUGGUAAGCUUAAGUAUUAAAGCGAUAUUUCUUAUAAUCUGUAUUGAAGCCAAAUCACUAUUCAUUUUAAGCUGCUUAUUCCACUAAAAAGCGUCUAAAUCAUUUGAAAAAACCUUGUUAAUUUCAUAAUGUUUUACAGUAUUGCAACGUCUAACAAGUACAAGCACAAUAUUAAUUUAAAUUUAAAGCAGAUGUAGACACUACAUUAGUGUGAUUUAAUCUUUAAAGUGUUUUCGAAAUACUUAUUUGGUACUCCCAAUUGUCGCAGUCAACUUUCCAUCGGUUCGCGGCUGUAUUACAUAUUUUGCAGAAUCAUAGUAAACCGGGAUCAUAGUAUUGCAAUACUGGAAGAUAAAUUGGCAAUUUGAUAGAUGCAAAUUUGGUAAAGGGUUAAGAUCGGAACCUUAUAAAGUGUUCGCUGCCUGGCCGCAUUCAGCAGGCUGUAGGUAUCUAAUAGCUAGAUUUUUGAAAUUUAACAAAAUUAAAAAUCAAUUUUGAGCACCGAUUUGGACGGUCAUAAAUGUGAUGGUCUACUGAUUUUCUUGCUAUUUUGUUUUUCCUUAGCCUAUUUUGCCGAAACCCUCAGUUUCGCUAGUCCGACUCGCUCUUGACAUGUUAAACUGUCUUAAAAUUUUACUAUGACAGAUAUGUAAUAACGCCGCCGUUGGACUGUGUAGUGUCUUAUUUCUAUUGUAAUUAGUUAAAUAAUAUAUGGUAAUCUGAUGUGAUUUGAUCGAAAUUUUUAUGCAAUGUUUGUCUGUUUUAAGCGUUAAUUUUGAUAUUUUAAAUUGUUUCACCACUUCUGCCUGGUCUUACCACCACUAUUUUGUAGUUUCAAAAUUACAUUAAACUUGAAAUCUCUCGAAAUUUCUUUUAUCGCUUAAAAUAUUGCGGAAGUGGUGAAAUAAAAGUUUUCUUUUUUGUGCCAUAUGUUUCAUGUUACUGUAAAUACGUAAUAAAGAUAAUAAUUUAGACAGGGUUUGCACGCAUGGGUACAUUGCAACAUAUUGCCUCACUAGUCAAUUGAUGUAUUGUUUUUAUUUUUAAUACUAAUUAUAAUGAUUUGUGAUGUGAGUAUGUUUGUGAAACAACGAUAUUACUUGUCAUGGAAUAAAAUACAUGAUGAUUA